AUGGGGGAGGGGCUUAUAUCAACUCCGGCAUUAGUUGGAAUUUGUUUGGCAGCUUUGGCAUUUUUCGUCGGUAUAUUUGCCGUGACUUGUUUUUGUCAUAGGAGUCGUUAUACAAAUUAUGGCUCUAAUAAAUUAUUCGGUUCGAAAAAAUUUAAAGCGGGAGCUGAAAAACCGUUGGCUUUUCAUCAGCAUAGAAAACCGACCGCUGUGAAAAGCCCGGCCGGAACCGGUGGAAACAUUCAUUAUCUUAAGAAAUCACCGAGUCCGACGGGUGGAAAAUCUCCAUCGGGGGGCAGCGCAGCAUCUUCUCCAACGAAUCCAGAUCAAAGGAGUCCAAUAACUGAUCUUUCUCCAACUGCUGCUGCUUGUGCUGGUGGUGAAAAUGGACAAAAAAAUACUCUGACUGUAACGAAUUCGGCUCCAGUUUGCGUUGUGGAAAAUGAAAAACAAAAAUCCAACAGCGUACAGAGUAAAGACGAAACAGAAUCCAACGAAAAAAAUACAACAUCGACUGGAAAAUUAGGUUUAAUCGUGUUUAAAUUGAGGUACAAAACGGAAAAGAAUGCAUUGAUUGUAAGCGUUGUUAAAUGUAAAGAUUUACCGGCAAAAGAUAGCAAUACCGAUUCGAGCGAUCCAUACGUUAAACUUCAAUUGCUACCCGACAAACAGCACAAAGUGAAAACUCGAGUUUUACGUAAAACAAGAAAUCCUGUUUACGAUGAAGAUUUUACAUUUUACGGAAUAAGUCCGAGUCAACUUCAGGCUACGACACUUCAUUUCGUCGUGUUAAGUUUUGACAGAUAUUCUCGUGACGAUAUUAUCGGUGAAGUUUUUUGUUCUCUUUCAAACAUUGACGUGACACAAUUUGAAAAUCAACAAUUGGCUCUCUGUCGAGAAAUACAACCGAGGAGUAUCAAAAUAAGAUCUCAAGGACGCGGGGAAAUUUUAAUUUCGUUAUGUUGGCAACCCGCGGCAAAUAGAUUAACCGUCGUCAUACUCAAAGCUCGAAAUUUGCCAAAAAUGGACGUCACCGGUCUUGCAGAUCCCUACGUGAAAAUGUAUUUGUUAUGUAAUAAUCAAAGAAUAGCUAAAAAGAAAACUCAUGUUAAGAAAAGAACAUUAAAUCCUGUUUUCAACGAAUCAUUCAUUUUUGAAAUACCAGCUGGAGCUGAGAAAUUAGACAAUAUAUCAUUAGAGUUUUUGCUUUUGGAUUGGGACAGGGUCACUAAAAACGAGGUCAUUGGUCGUUUGGAAUUAGGAGGCGAAAAAGCGACAGGAACAGCAUUACAUCACUGGAACGAAGUUUGUAACUCGCCAAGGCGACAAAUUGCAGAAUGGCACAAACUUAAAGAAUAA